AUGCGCCCUCCCACACGUCUGGCCAGUGCGGUCACCAGUGCGGAUGACGUACGUGCAGCUAAGGCCACCCCCCCCCCCGUGCUGAGAGUACCACUCACGAAGCUCCUGGGACGACGGAGUCUGCUGUCCGCCAGCGCCUCCACGACCACCACCGCCGCCGCCACCACCUCGACCACCACCGCCCCUGCCGCCGCCGCGUCCACCACCGCCCCCACCACCGCCCCCACCCCGGCCACCUCCUCCUCCGUUGCCGCCACCACCCCCACCGCUGCCACUAGCUCCUCCAGCCCCGCCACCGCCCCCACUGCCGCCACCGCCCCCACCACCGCCUCCCCCGCCGUCACCUCCACCUCCCUUGCCCCCUUUGCCCUUGCCGCUGCGGCGCCAGCUCGGAGCGGACGCAGUCCCGACCUGCUCAGUACCAACGAGUGGGGCAGCGAGCGAGGAAGUGGUCCCUGA